AUGGCAUCCUCAAACAUAGACCCUGAUGGGUUUGGCCCAGAGUCUGCCCUCGCGUACUGUCUGGAUGAAUCCUUAGGGGAACCGCUGCUGACCGACCACCGUUUCAACCCGCUACAUCCGUCACUGCUCACCGAUAUCGUAAGCCAAGUUCCCGAGAACAUUAUCGAAGAUGGCACGCUCCCACAAAUGCCCUCUCCUAGUUCAGGUCCGGCACUGGAGAAAUGGGUGGUUGGGAAAGAUGAGAUAGACUUCAUUAAAGAGGCAUCACGGAGCUUUUCCGACGAGGAUGUUGAGACGCCCAUCAAGCAGGCUUUUCUGCAAAGUCUGCUCAGCAAAUCACGGCGAUGGGAGCUUCCGCUCUUAACGCUUGCUAGCCAAACGGAAUCUCGCCAAAUGUUUGAUCGGCUCGCCACUGUUCCCCCAAUAUCCCUGGUCUUUGAUGAGGUGCCCAUGGAUGAUUUGGAUGCUGCUAAGGGUGAAGGCUUAGAAUUUCCGCCUUCCGCUUACACAUGCCAAGAAACAAUGGAAAGUAAGCUUCAGGAGAAGCUCGAAGUCACAAAAGAAGCUAUUUGCUACCUGGCAGAAAUAGUGAGGGCCGACCGUUCCGACUUGGAAGCUACAUUUGCUAUAACUGAUCUCAUGCCGCCGGCAAGACUUACUACACAAGAUCUUCGUCUGACGCCUCCUGCUACUCCCAGAUUCGCUCACAUGCAGUCGGAACCCUGGGUCCCCGGAUCAGAUGGCGUCGAGAUUCCCUCACCUUCAGAGCCUAAAUCUUUACUUAGCGACGACUUAAGCGCAAUCGAAGCUCACAUAUUCCAGGAGGACAACGAAUUCCUGUCUAAAGGCUCACCAGUCCAAUGUUAUCUGCCAACCUCGACACCUGAGGACGAACCCGCAGUUCCGGUGCUAGAUCAUACGAGGAUUGACGACUUCAAGCUUGAGCUGCCGCUCGCUGCAAAUACAAUCGAUGAGCCAGUAGAAAUAAAGUUGCUCCUGGAUGACAGUGAAUCUUUUUUCAUCGACGAAGAGAUGGAAAACAAGGAUCCAGCGAGUUUGACAACUAUUUUGGAAAUUGAUGUUUCGUCUCAGCUCCAAGAGGCAGCAGAGAAAGUGAGAAAGUUAUCAGAACAGGAGCAAAUUGAGCCCCUCGAUGGUCUCUCCAGACUCAAACUGCCGAUGAUAAAUACCACUCCACCGGAGGCUGACUGGAAGGAUGUCGUCAGAGAAGAGAAGCAAAUGCUGGCGCAUAUAAUUGCGCGGCAUUCUGAUGACUUCGAGCUGUCUAAAUGGAAGAUUGAUAAACGAGCUGAAAGGGAUCUUCCAUGGCUUAUAAGUUCGUCGAGCGGUAUUGUUCUCGGGGAUGACGGGCUAGAAGAGGUUGAGGAAAUUGCCCUAAAGGAGUUUUGUGAUUUCCAAGACGAUGUACUGGGCAUUUCAGCUCUAGCCGAGAAGAUCAAAGACCUAGCUACCCUCCGGCGAACUAAUGAUCUAGAUGACGAUGAUCUAGAGCAAACAUUCGCUAGACCACCGACACCGAUUCCAACGCGCGCGCCUGUUUUACCUACUCCAGAAAACUCGGAAGAUCUGAUGAGCUGUAUUCGAAAGAAGAGAAGAGCACUGAAAACCCUCGAAUCUUCGCCGUUUACAAAGCGGACCAAGUGCAGAGAACCCGUGAACGGCGUGGGAACACUCCUGAUGGGUGAUAAAUCCCCCGAGGGUGUCAAACUACUGGCUUCGUUUCUAGAGCUUAAUGGCCAUGGCAAGACUGCGCCUCGCCAGAGCCAGUACUUCAGAGCCAGCGCAGGCGACGAAGCAAGCCGUCAUAACUCCCAUGCGAAAAAGCCUCUAAACAUACCAAAAGAGAAUCGGUUUGAUGAAUACGAUGCCAGGUUACCGAUCAAGAAUUCCCAGCAGCUCGCCAAGGGCACAUCCGGAGAUGUUCCAUCAAAUGUCGUCAAGCCAGCACCUCUGCCUCGCAUUGAGCUUCCCGACUUUCCACUGAAGUUGGUGGUCUCAAUCAGCCUACCUAGAGACCUUGUUCGGCUCCUUGAAACGCUUCUUCCUGGAGUUGAGCUGAUAGAAAGGGAUUAUAAUGCUUACAACUACUCAACAUGGGCAGCUGGUACCUCGGCGCCAUCGACGAUCAUAUCAUCGCUCGGAGAAGAAGCAGACAUCACUCUGUCUCCCGGAGUAGGAAUAAUUCUUACGGCAACUGUACACGUGCGACAAGGCCCUUUGCAAGGCUGUGAUGGUGACAAUAUUCUACAGCGACAAGUACGCAAGGCUUGUCGACGAUACGAGCGCCUGGUGAUUUUGGUCUCGGACAAAAGCCUAGACGACACCAUUCUACCUAUGGCACCGGCAGACGAGCUUGCAUUUGCCGAGUUCCAAGCGUUUGCUCUGGGGCUUCAAGACAUCGCAGACGUCAGUGUCUUUUGGGUCGGCGGUGGACUGAAUUGUCUAGCUAAAUGGGUAGCCUCGCUGGCCACCGAGUGCGCAUCGCUCGAGACGGCCCCGUUCUAUCGACUACUAUGUCAGAGCGAGAGCCACUGGGAAUUGUUUUUUCGUCGGGCAGGAAUGAACACUUUUGCUGCUCAGAUGGUGUGCGGACUGCUUCAAAAUCCGUACGGAACGGAGGCGGCUAAGUUGUUUGGUGGUUCAGGAAUUGCGGCAUUUGUGAAAAUGUCGGCAAAUGAGAGGGCUCAGAGAUAUAUGUCCGUUCUUGGCGGUCGAAGAGUCUUGGAUCGGGUGAGCGAGGUGGUUGAUCAGAAUUGGGACUGAUGUAUGGCGAGUACUAUACUGUUCAAUGAUUGCUCAUCUAUGUCUCGGAAAUGGUAUGUGUUGAUCUGGCUGGGAGUUCAGUCGAAUUUGCAACGAUAUAAGACCUCGUUAGCUUGAGUGUAUUACCUCUAGUAUAUCUUGAC